CGCCCGCGUGCCGGACACAGCGCUGCCCCCAGAGCCCGCCCGCUGCGGCGGGGGCCCGCUCGACCCGGCGGCGGGCGGCGGACGGCGGCGGGGCGCGGCGGGGGGCUGCCCCCGCGGCAGCAGGAGCAGGAGGAGGGCGGCAGCGCUGACGGACAGCAGGAAGCAGGCCUUGCGGAGCCCCAGGGAGGGGCUCAUGCUGCAGCCCCGCGGGCCCGCGCUGCGCUGCUCGGCCGCCUCAUGGCCCCGCGGGCGGGCGGCGGCUCUGGGCGGGCCGGCACCGGGAGCCCGGCCGCGCCUCCCGCUCUCCCCAACAGCUGCCCGGUCCCGGCCAGGCGGUCGCCGCGGCCGACGGAGAGGAGCGCCCGGGCACCCCGGGCCGCGCUGACUGGCGGGGGAGGCCGCCCCGGGCGGCGUGGGCAGGCGAGCGCGGCCGGGCCCCACGGCGACGAGAGCCCCGCGCAGCCCCGCCCCGCCCGCGCCGCCGCCCGGUGCGCCGGCGGGAGAGGCAAGACGGGCGGCGGCCCCUUUAAGGGCUUCACCUGUCGGAUGCGGUCUGGCGGCGCCGCGCGGCCCGGAAGUGGAAGCCUAAGCGGAGGCAGAGGCGGGGAGGUCAACCAGAAGUGGUCGCCGCGAGGGGAAGGAUGCCGCUGCCCGUCCAGGUCUUUAACUUGCAGGGUGCAGUAGAGCCCAUGCAGAUUGACGUAGAUCCACAAGAAGAUCAGCAAAAUGCACCUGAUAUCAACUAUGUGGUGGAGAACCCCACUCUGGAUUUGGAGCAGUAUGCCUCGAGCUACAGCGGGCUGAUGCGAAUCGAGCGACUGCAGUUUAUUGCUGAUCACUGCCCCCAGCUGCGGGUGGAAGCUCUUAAGAUGGCUCUGUCAUUUGUCCAGAGAACUUUCAAUGUUGAUGUGUACGAAGAAAUCCACAGGAAGUUGUCUGAGGCCACCAGAGAACUGCAGAAUACACCUGAUGCUGUCCCUGAUAGUGGAAUUGAACCCCCUCCCCUUGACUCAGCUUGGGUUGAAGCUACACGCAAAAAAGCUCUUCUUAAACUGGAGAAACUCGACACAGAUCUGAAAAAUUACAAAGGGAACUCCAUCAAGGAGAGUAUCAGGAGAGGCCAUGAUGACUUAGGUGAUCAUUACCUUGACUGUGGGGACCUCAGCAACGCUCUCAAGUGUUACUCACGAGCCCGUGAUUACUGCACCAGUGCUAAACAUGUUAUCAACAUGUGCCUCAAUGUUAUCAAGGUCAGUGUCUACCUCCAGAAUUGGUCUCAUGUUCUGAGCUAUGUAAGCAAGGCUGAGUCUACACCAGAAAUUGCAGAACAAAGAGGAGAAAGAGACAGCCAGACACAAGCAAUUCUCACCAAACUGAAGUGUGCAGCAGGCUUGGCCGAACUAGCUGCUCGGAAGUACAAACAGGCAGCAAAGUGCUUCUUAUUGGCAUCAUUUGAUCACUGUGAUUUCCCUGAGCUGUUGUCUCCCAGCAAUGUGGCUGUGUAUGGUGGUCUUUGUGCCCUUGCUACCUUUGACCGUCAGGAACUGCAACGGAAUGUUAUCUCCAGCAGCUCCUUCAAAUUGUUUUUGGAGCUGGAACCACAGGUUCGUGACAUCAUCUUCAAGUUUUAUGAAUCUAAAUAUGCUUCAUGCCUGAAGAUGCUGGAUGAGAUGAAGGACAACCUGCUGCUGGACAUGUACCUUGCACCUCAUGUCAGGACACUUUAUACCCAGAUUCGAAAUCGUGCCCUUAUUCAGUACUUCAGCCCCUAUGUGUCAGCAGAUAUGCGCAAGAUGGCCACUGCUUUUAAUACCACAGUGGCUGCUCUGGAAGAUGAACUUACUCAGCUGAUCCUGGAGGGACUGAUCAAUGCCAGAAUAGACUCACACAGUAAGAUUCUUUAUGCUCGAGAUGUAGAUCAGCGUAGCACAACUUUUGAGAAGUCUUUACUAAUGGGCAAAGAAUUUCAGCGCCGUGCCAAAGCCAUGAUCCUGCGUGCCGCGGUCCUGCGCAACCAGAUACAUGUCAAGUCUCCUCCGAGAGAAGGUAGCCAAGGGGAACUUACUCCAGCUAACAGCCAGUCCAGGAUGAGCACCAACAUGUGAAAAACUUCGUGUACUACAAAAAAAGAAAUGGUCCCUCCAGGACUGUACCCAGUGUCUCACCCACUAACUGCUGAGCUUCACAAACUGUCCCUGUCUCCCUCACUUCUUGCUCAGAUUGAGAGGGUCAGGGCUGAUGGUGGAUAAUAAUGAAUAUUCCUAUAACUUCAGUUCUCCUUGAAAAGAAAUUCUUUCUAAAAACAGCA